AUGGAGAGGCCCCAUUCCAAAGAGGCAACCACUCUCCCCGCUAUCGUUAACAGUAGCAACUCGGACGAGAGAAAGGAUGGGAGAUUCGGCCGAAUGGAGAACCUCGAAGAUCGGUUGGCAAUCCAGGAGAAAACUACAAGAUCCCUUGUUGACAGGGCACUUACUGUAAAAGAAGACAUUAUUGAAAGCCUAAGCAUCGCCCAGAUGAGUUGGCAAGGCGAGAAGAAAGCAAGGUCCUUGCUACAGGAACACAUACGAACGAUAACAACUGUUGUGAAAAGAUUGAGCAGGGAGAUUGAAAACUUGGAGAGCGAGAUUCGGUCCAGACAAAGUCAAGUGGAAGGACACAGCACAGCCGUGAAAAAUUUAGAACUUCAUCAUGUUGCUGGAGUUACGGAUUUGAGAGGCCGUGUUGCAAGGUGUGAUUCAGCUAUUCAGAGGCUCAUGUCAGAUAUGAGAAGCAACAACGAAGUCAUAAACGAUUUUAGACAAAAGCAAGAACUUGCAAUGAAAGAUUCCCGUGAUCAAAUGAGCUCUCUAGAGAAGAGCAUUUCUGAUUUGACAUUGAAAGUGGAGAAAUAUGUGCUCGAUCAGUCGACCAGUAUCCAAAAAGUAAAAGGAGAAGCAGACCAGCGUGUUGUACAGCUCGAUUCUAAAACUAAAACUGUUGUUGAGGAUAUUCGAGGCAGUAUUUCCUCAAACCGUUUGUGGGCAGAGUCAGAAUAUUUUAAAUUAACUCAGGAUUUUCAAACUAGGCUAGAGAGGUUUGAAGGCCUCAUGGUGGAAAGACAGGACAAACUGGAAAGAAGAGUAGACCAUUAUCUGGCCAAGGUAGAUAAAAUUUUGGAGGAGGAGAAAAGCAAGUAUUAUAACAUCUGGGAGGUGAGACUGAAGGAAGUGAAGUCGGAACAGGACAGGAUUAUGCAUAAUUUAAUGGCAGAGAUGAGAAAUGAAUACAGACAAGGAUUUAACAAUGUGCAUGAAAGUAUUUCCAGUCUACAGCGAGUGUUCCAUGCAAAACUGAAAUUGCUUGAAGAUGACUUGCGUAAAGCUAUCAAUAAUGUUCUUAGAAUGGUUGUACUUGUAUGA